AUGGGAAGCAGCAAGACAGAGCAAGCUCGAGUGCCACUAGAACUGGUCCAUGUUGAUUUGAUGACUGGCCUACAAGGUCAUCCCAACUACCACCAUGCCCUGGUAGUUGUGGAUGACUCAUCAUCCUUCAUACAUGUGAAACCACUUCUGAGUAAGGCUGAAGCAUUUCCAGCUUUAAGAACAUGGAUUAAGGUGGCUGAGAUAAUGACAGACCACACACUGAAAUGCAUAUGCAGUGAUAACAGAUCAGAGUGGUCAAGCACAGAAGCAGAAGAAUGGAAAAGGCAGGCAGGCUUCAUAUGGCAGAAAACCACUCCAUAUGUCAGUGUCCAAAAUGGAAGAGUGGAACAUAUGAUCAGAUCCCUCCAAGAGAGAAUGCAUGUGAUGCUUGUGCAGAGAUCAUCACCAAAGGAGCUGUGGCCAUAUGCAAUCAUGGCAGUGGGACACACUUUGAAUCUGACACCCUCUGCAAAUGCAAAUAAGGUCUUCAGCUGCCUCACAUGGAUCCACCUCCUGAAGAAAGAUCACACAGGAAAGCAUGGUGUGAGAGCCAUACCAGGCAUCAUGAUAGGAUAUGACAAUGAACACAAAGGUUGGAGAUUUUAUACUCCUGGUCACAGCCCAUCUAUACAAUGGAGUAACUUGGCCAUGUUCCAUGAAUCCAAGAGCUGGCAUGACCAGCCUAGAACACAGAGCCCCCUACAAUUUGGACUUGAGAACCUGGAAGCCAAAGAUAAGAAACAGGAACCAGACAACAAUGAGCCUGAGCUGGAAGUGGAAGUAAUCAACAUAUGGGACCCACUCCUAGAUGAAUGCACCACACCACCCAUUGACUCCACAGAUGAUGACAGAUUGGAAAUCACAGUCAAAGAGAUUCUUGGAGAGGCACAAAUGGCAAUACUUAAUCUCACACCAACACUGAAAGAAGCACUUGCUAGCGAUGAUGCAAGACAAUGGCAAGAAGCCAUAUGCAAGGAACUGGAUGGACUUGAAGCAAUGGGAACAUGGGAGAUUGUAGAUACACCACCGAAUGCAAAUCUUGUUGACUCCAAAAUUGUUCUCAGACUCAAGCUGGAUGCUGAUGGAAUACCAGUCUGA